AUGAAUGUCACUCAGGUUUUGGAGAGCACCAUCUCGCCAGGUCAGGAACUCGCGAAUGAAAACUCCGCAUCUCACAUCAGAACCGCUGCCGGUAUUGCCCUAAAGAACGCCUUCACUUUCAGGGAUCGAGAAAAGCUUAACGAGGUUCAACAAAAAUGGCGCCAGCAAAUUACCCAAGAAAUCAAGGCGCAGGUCAAGGAACUUGCGCUCAAGACGCUCGCCUCCAAGGACGGGCGCGCCGGUCAGUCCGCGGCUCAGUUUAUCGUUUCGAUCGCUGCUAUCGAGCUGCCUCAGAAUGAAUGGCCGGAUUUGAUGCAGAUUCUCGUUCAGAAUGUAGCGAGUGGAACGGAUCAAAUGAAGCAGGCCUCCUUGGUCACGAUUGGUUUCAUUUGUGAAUCUCAGGAAGUCGAGCUCCGCGAGAGCUUGGCUGCACACUCUAAUGCUAUCCUUACGGCAGUCGUUCAGGGCGCUCGCCGUGAGGAGGAGAACAUGGACAUCCGAUUCGCCGCCAUCAAGGCCCUCAGUGACUCUGUGGACUUUGUGCGAUCGAACAUGGAAAAUGAGGGCGAGCGGAACUAUAUCAUGCAGGUUGUGUGUGAGGCUACGCAGGCCCAGGACCUCCGCGUUCAGGCCGGUGCCUUCGGCUGUCUGAACCGUAUCAUGGGCGCUUACUACGACAAGAUGAGCUUCUACAUGGAGAAGGCUCUAUUUGGUCUGAGUAUCAUGGGAAUGAAGAGCGAUGAGGAAGAUGUAGCCAAGCUUGCUAUUGAGUUCUGGUGCACCGUUUGCGAAGAAGAGAUCGCUAUUGAAGAUGACAACGCUGCGGCCCAAGCCGAGGGUUUGACCGAUGUCCGCCCCAUGUACGGUUUUGCGCGCAUCGCCUGCCGCGAAGUCGUCCCGGUUCUGCUGCAGGCUAUGUGCAAGCAGGAUGAAGAUGCCGGUGAUGAUGAGUACAACAUUUCUCGCGCGGCUUACCAGGCUCUUCAACUUUACGCCCAAUGUGUCCAGGCCGAGGUCAUUCAGCCUGUUCUUGCGUUCGUUGAGGAGAACAUCCGCAAUGAAGAUUGGCGCCGCAGGGAUGCUGCGGUGGCUGCUUUUGGUGCCAUCAUGGAUGGCCCCGACCCGAAGGUUCUUGAGCCUCUGGUCAAGCAGGCACUGCACGUGCUCGUCAGCAUGAUGGAAGACAGCUCCGUCCAGGUCCGCGACUCCGCUGCCUACGCGCUCGGCCGUGUCUGCGACUUCUGCUCCGAAACUCUUGACCCCGAUGUUCACCUUCAACCUCUUAUCUCCUGCCUCUUCAACGGUCUUGCAAGCUCGCCUAAGAUUGCCAACUCGUGCUGCUGGGCUUUGAUGAAUGUCGCCGACCGCUUCGCUGGUGAUGUCGGCGCGCAGACCAACCCGAUCUCGAAAUACUUUGAGGAGAGCGUCAAGUCGCUCCUUGCGCUCACAGAGAGACAAGAUGCGGACAACCAGCUCCGCACCGCUGGCUACGAAGUUCUCAACUCCUUCGUGACAAAUGCUGCCAACGACAGCCUUCCCACGGUUGCUCACCUUUCCGACGUUAUCCUCCAGCGCCUGGAGCGUACCAUCAAUAUGCAGCAGCAGGUCAUCAGCGUUGAAGACCGCAUCAUGCUCGAGGAGAUGCAGACCGGAAUCACGAGUGUUGUUCUUGCUAUUGUUCAACGCCUUGAGGCUGAGAUCAAGCCCCAGGCUGACCGCAUCAUGCAAAUCAUGCUUCAAAUUCUCUCUACUGUCCCCCAGAAGUCCAGUGUUCCUGACGUUGUGUUCGCCACCGUGAGUGCUAUUGCUGGCGCUCUCGAGGAAGAGUUUGAGAAGUACAUGGAUUCUUUCAGCCCGUUCCUCAACAACGCCCUUGCCAACCUCGAAGAGGCUGGUCUUUGCGCCAUGGCCAUCGGCUUGGUCAGUGAUAUCUCUCGUGGGCUGAACGAAAAGGUUCUGCCGUACUGCGACAACUUCAUGAACCACUUGAUAACCAACCUGGGCAGUCAAACCAACCAGCUCAAGCCUGCUAUUCUCGAAACUUUUGGAGACAUUGCCCAGGCUAUUGGAGGGGAGUUCGUUAAGUACAUGGGUGUUGUGGGUCAAGUGCUCAAGCAGGCCUCCUUGGUUACUGCUAGCAACGAUGUCACUAUCGAGAUGCUGGACUACGUUAUCUCGCUUCGUGAGGGUAUCAUGGAUGCCUGGGGUGGUAUUCUGAUUGCAUUCAAGGGCACACCGCAAGUGCAAUCUCUCAAAGAAUACAUUGAGCCCAUCUUCGAGCUUCUCCGUCUCAUAUCCCAGGACCCGACUGCUCGCAGCGAGGGUCUGAUGCGGUCGGCCAUGGGUGUCCUUGGUGACCUUGCCGAUGCACACCCCGAUGGCUCUAUCUCCCCCUUCUUCCGCCCCGAGUGGGUCACAAGCUUGGUGAGGGAAACCAGGACUAACCGUGAAUAUGGUGACCGCACCGUUGAUACCGCUCGCUGGGCCCGUGAGCAGGUCAAGAACCAGAUCAACAUGCAGGGUGGUGGAAUGUCAUAA